UUCCACGAGGACACAUUUUUUUCCACCGAAGAAACCUUCACUUAGCCUAUUCCACUCGUGUCAGUAAUUUAGUUUGGUAGACUGUCUUGUUGACCAUACUUCCUGACGAGGAUGCGUCCCACGGUUAGCUCCAUUCUAAUUGCGUGCUGUCUAGCUUUCGCUGUAGCACAAGCUGAUGACAAGACGACAAAGGGCCCCAAAGUAACAGAUAAGGUAUGGUUUGAUAUUGAAAUUGGAGGUGAACCUGUUGGUCGAAUCGAAAUUGGUCUGUUUGGCAAAACUGUUCCAAAGACAGUGAAAAACUUUGUUGAACUUGCCAAAAAACCAGUCGGUGAAGGCUAUAAAGGUUCCAUAUUUCACCGAAUCAUCAAGGACUUUAUGAUUCAAGGAGGAGAUUUCACAAACAAGGAUGGAACUGGAGGCAGAAGCAUUUAUGGCGACAGAUUUCCUGAUGAAAACUUCAAGCUGAAGCACUACGGUGUUGGUUGGCUUUCUAUGGCCAAUGCUGGCAAGGACACAAAUGGCUCACAAUUUUUUCUAACAACAAAGAAAACUUCAUGGCUAGAUGGACGUCAUGUUGUCUUUGGAAAAAUCAUUAAGGGCAUGGAUGUUGUUCGGAAAGUGGAAGGCACCAAAACUGACGGCCGUGAUAAACCCACCAAAGAUGUCGUGAUUGCUGACUGCGGUGCUGAGGUAGUUGAAGAACCUUUCGCUGUAUCAAAAGAUGAUGCUACUGCAUAAAUAAUAUUUGUGUGCUGACUUAUUGACUAAAAUAAACCUAUGAAGUUUC